AUGCAGGCGCAACAACAACCCCAGCAUCACAUCGGAACUGCUAAUGUAAUACUCAAAAUGAACGAUAUUCAACUCUCUUCUGUCGGUCUCCUGGAUUUGGCUCACAGAGAAUAUCAAGCUGGGGAAUAUGAAAAUGCUGAAAGGCAUUGCAUGCAGCUAUGGAGGCAAGAGCCGAAUAAUACAGGAGUCCUUUUACUUCUCUCUUCGAUACAUUUUCAAUGUCGUCGUUUAGAUAAAUCUGCACACUUUAGUACUUUGGCAAUUAAGCAGAAUCCUUUAUUGGCAGAAGCAUACAGUAAUCUUGGCAAUGUUUACAAAGAAAGAGGUCAACUACAGGAAGCUUUAGAAAAUUACAGGCAUGCAGUGAGAUUAAAACCUGAUUUCAUAGAUGGUUAUAUUAAUUUAGCAGCAGCACUCGUCGCUGCUGGCGAUAUGGAACAAGCAGUGCAAGCAUAUGUCACUGCUUUACAAUAUAAUCCAGAUUUGUAUUGUGUUAGAAGUGACCUUGGAAAUCUUUUAAAAGCAUUAGGAAGAUUAGAUGAAGCAAAAGCUUGCUAUUUAAAAGCCAUUGAAACGUAUUCGGAUUUUGCCGUUGCCUGGAGUAAUUUGGGAUGCGUAUUCAACGCGACUGGAGAAAUUUGGUUGGCCAUACAUCAUUUCGAAAAGGCCGUGGCUUUGGAUCCGAAUUUUCUAGAUGCUUACAUCAAUUUGGGAAAUGUGUUGAAAGAGGCCAGGAUUUUCGAUAGGGCCGUUGCCGCAUACCUGAGAGCUCUCAACCUUAGUCCGAACAAUGCUGUCGUUCAUGGAAAUUUAGCAUGCGUUUACUACGAACAAGGUCUCAUCGAUUUGGCCAUCGAUACUUACCGGAGAGCUAUAGAACUUCAACCCAAUUUUCCAGAUGCUUAUUGUAACCUGGCGAAUGCCCUCAAGGAAAAAGGACAAGUGCCGGAAGCGGAAGAUUGUUACAACACGGCUUUGCGACUGUGUCCAACUCACGCGGAUUCCCUCAACAAUCUUGCCAAUAUCAAACGAGAGCAAGGUUAUGUGGAAGAAGCGACGAGAUUGUACCUCAAAGCUUUGGAAGUUUUUCCAGAGUUUGCCGCCGCUCAUUCUAAUUUGGCAUCGGUUUUGCAGCAACAGGGAAAACUCACGGAUGCGCUGUUGCAUUACAAAGAGGCCAUCAGGAUUCAACCGACUUUUGCCGACGCGUAUAGCAACAUGGGAAACACUCUCAAAGAAAUGCAAGACAUUCAGGGAGCGCUGCAAUGUUACACGCGAGCCAUUCAAAUCAAUCCCGGAUUCGCGGAUGCUCACAGCAAUUUGGCAUCCAUUCAUAAAGAUUCCGGGAACACGACGGAGGCCAUACAGUCGUAUCGCACUGCUUUGAAAUUAAAACCUGAUUUUCCCGAUGCCUAUUGCAACUUGGCUCACUGUCUCCAAAUCGUAUGCGAUUGGACGGAUUACGAAGCUCGAAUGAAAAAACUCGUGAGCAUAGUUGCCGAACAAUUGGAAAAGAAUCGUUUGCCUUCGGUUCACCCUCAUCAUUCCAUGUUGUAUCCCCUUUCGCACGAAUAUCGGAAAGCUAUUGCGGCCAGGCACGCGAACCUGUGCAUAGAAAAGAUUCACGUUCUUCACAAGCCUCCCUACAAAUGCACUAAAGAAAACAACGCCAGGUUGCGAAUAGGUUACGUAUCGAGCGAUUUCGGAAAUCAUCCCACGUCUCAUUUGAUGCAGUCUAUUCCAGGUUUACACGAUAAAAAUAAAGUUGAAGUUUUUUGUUACGCUUUAAGUCCGGAUGACGGUACGACUUUCAGAGCGAAAAUCUCUAGGGAAGCUCAUCAUUUCGUCGAUUUGUCACAGAUUCCGUGCAACGGAAAAGCUGCGGAUCGAAUUCACGCUGACGGAAUACAAAUAUUGGUCAACAUGAACGGAUACACGAAAGGAGCAAGAAACGAAAUAUUCGCUCUAAGACCGGCACCCAUUCAGGUUAUGUGGUUGGGUUAUCCCGGUACGUCCGGAGCAUCAUUUAUGGAUUAUUUGAUAACCGACGUCGUGACAUCACCGUUGGAAUUGGCUCAUCAGUACAGCGAAAAAUUGGCUUACAUGCCGCACACGUAUUUCAUCGGAGAUCACAAGCAAAUGUUUCCGCAUUUGAAAGCUCGAGUCAUUCUGGCGGAUAAAAACACGUCUAAAAAAGAUCUUGCGGACAACGUCGCCGUCAUAAACGCCACGGAUUUAUCUCCGAUAAUAGAACACACGGAAAUCAAAGAAAUAAGAGAAUUGGUGGCGACGGAAACCGAACCGAAAUUAGAAAUCUCACUCAAGGUAGCCGAACUCCCGACGACGACUCCCAUCGAAAACAUGAUAGCUUCGGGACAAAUUCAAACUUCCGUUAACGGCAUCGUCGUUCAAAACGGUUUGGCUACGAAUCAAACCAACAACAAAGCGGCAACCGGAGAAGAAGUGCCACAGAGCAUUGUCAUCACGACGAGGCAACAGUACAAUCUUCCCGACGAUGCUGUCGUUUAUUGUAAUUUUAAUCAAUUGUACAAAAUCGAUCCGAUAACUUUACAAAUGUGGAUGAAUAUAUUGAAACACGUGCCAAACGCGAUUCUUUGGCUUUUGAGAUUUCCCGCGGUGGGGGAAAGCAACAUACACGCGACGGCUCAACAAUUAGGAGUCAGUCCGGCGAGAAUACUCUUCAGCAACGUGGCCGCGAAAGAAGAACACGUGAGACGGGGUCAAUUAGCUGACGUUUGCCUGGAUACGCCACUUUGCAACGGGCACACCACGAGCAUGGACGUACUGUGGACGGGAACGCCCGUCGUAACUCUUCCAGGAGAAACUUUGGCUUCACGCGUUGCAGCAUCUCAGUUGGCAACACUCGGUUGUCCGGAAUUGAUAGCAAGAUCGAGACAAGAUUAUCAGGACAUAGCCAUAAGAUUGGGAACGGAUAGAGAAUAUUUGAGAGCCAUAAGAGCCAAAGUUUGGUCGGCGAGAACGGAAAGUCCGCUGUUCGAUUGCAAAAAAUACGCGGAAGGAAUGGAAGAAUUGUUUCAAAAAAUGUGGGAAAGAUACGCUCGGGGUGAAAAACCCGAUCACAUCGAUUGUUCUGCCCAAAAAUAA